CUAGUAUUGGACCAGGAGAAUGGACUAAUAGAGAGUACUCUACUAUUGAAAUACCUGUCAUUGAAACCUUCACUAUAACAAAGUUCAAUUCUACAGCAGUGAGGGCUGACUGGAGUUUAGUUCAUAGAGCUAGUCAUUAUACUGUCUAUUUUGAGUCAACCAGUAGCUCCUCAAGAAAGAAGAGACAAGUAGAGACAGGAAUGAGAGUAUUUCCAGGUGACACUACUGAAGGUCUAAUAGGAGGAUUAGAUCCUAGUCUGAACUACUUGUUCUCUAUAUCUACAUCAUUUAAUGUUAAUGGAAUCAUCUAUGAAGGAGAGAGGAGUCAUUUCAUUGAACCAACAAGCACUUUAUCAGCCACUUUUAGAGCUACUUCUACUACUUUAAUACAAAGCCCUUCUCCGACAAUAAAUAAACCACCACAAGAGAAAGUUUGGUUAACUUCUCCAUGGAGCAGAUGUUUUCCUGACUGUCAUCGUGGUGUAAGGAAUAGAACAGUCACUUGCAUGACUGCAUCCACUCGCAUGAUUGUGGACAGUUGUUCUUCUCCUCCACCUUCAAGCAUUGAGCUAUGCCAUAAAAGAGGGCCAUGCACACAAUGGAUUGUGGAAUCUUGGUCAUCAUGCUCAAAGUCUUGUGGAGCUGGUUAUCAAGUUCGUAGAAUCACAUGUCAAACAACUUAUGACAAUAUUGUAUUGGAUGACACACAAUGCUUGACUAAACGUCCUCCUGUAUUUAGGUACUGCUUUGAACAAGAAUGUCCUUGUACACAAUCAUCGUUUUGUGAGAUAAUUGCUAAUACUGAAUUGUGCUCAAGAGCUGAAUAUCAAAGAGAUUGUCAUUGCACUUGUGGACCUCAUGAAUUGUAAGAUAUAUUGAACAGCAGCAUUUUAAGUUAAAAAUACUCAUA